AUGAUUUCGAAAGAUCUGGUAAAGAUUAGUGAUAAUCAAGGUUCGAAUUGUGGUGAUUCUUCUCGUGUUAGUGUUAUUGACUGUACUGUUGAUGGAGAUUCAAGUGAAACAGAGAGUGCUAUAACAAGUUACAGUUUAACACCUGGUGGUAGUCGCGUUUAUGUGCCUAAGAAUGUAGAUUCAGAGCAUAUUCCUUCUUUAAAUCAGAUUUUUGAGGGCUUGGAUAUUGGUUAUAAGUUCUAUAAAAAUUACGGCAGAUUGGGAGGCUUUGAUAUUCGAAAGACAACAGAGAAACGAGAUGAUCAGGGGACUAUUAUACGAAAACACUAUGUUUGUAGCUCUGAAGGUUUUAAUGAUGUUGAUUUUGGUAGUUUAGAAAGCGUUAAUGGGAAAAAUGGUAAAGAAAGAAGGACAGGUUCCCGGAGGUGUGGUUGUAAAGCAAAAAUGGUGCUGAAGUAUACAAGUGGUGAUAGAUAUUAUGUGUUUAGUUUUGUUGAACAACAUAAUCAUCCUUUGGCUAGUAAGACUGGUCGGCAGUUUCUAAGAGUUAGUCGAGAUAUGGGGAUUAGUUCAAGAAACUUUGUGUUUGCAGCUGCAAAAGCUAAUAUUGGAUGCAGCAAGGCUUUUGGGUUAAUGAAAGAGAUGGUAGGCAGCUAUGCUAAUGUUGGUGCCACUUUGCGAGAUUUUCGAAAUUUUAACCGUGAUUUGAAGUGCUUUGUUGGAGUGCGAGAUGGACAAAUGCUUAUUGACAAAUUCAAAGUUACAAAAGAGACUUCUAAAACGUUUUAUUUUGCUUAUGAGGUUGACAGUGAAGGACAUUUGACGAAGCUUUUCUGGUCUGAUGUUAUUGGCCAAAGGAAUUUUGAAUUAUAUGGUGAUGCUGUUUCGUUUGAUGCUACUUUUGAUACAAAUAAGUACAAUAUGAUUUUUGCUCCGUUCACCGGUGUAGAUAAACAUGACAGAUGUGUUACGUUUGGUGCUUGUCUUUUAUCUAAAGAAGAUGUUACGCACUAUAGCUGGGCUUUUGAUCAUUUUGUUAAAGUCAUGGGCAGGAAUCCGGUGGUGAUAAUAACAGAUCAGUGCCCUGCCAUGAAAAUUGCUGUACCUGCGUCAUUCAAUUCUAGUAAUGGGUUGGUUUCAAGCAAGCAUCGUUUAUGCAUGUGGCAUAUUAUGGAAAAAUUCCCAGCAAAGCUUGGUAAUCGUUUAUGCAAGGAAACUGAUUUCAUGGAAAAAAUGAAAACUUAUAUAUGGGCUUCUCAUUUAGAAAUUUCUGAGUUUGAGGAAGGUUGGGAGGCAGUAAUUAAAGAAUUCAAGUUGGAGUCAAACAAGUGGCUGUUAGAUAUGUAUGAAAUAAGAUCAUCUUGGAUUCCUGCUUAUUUUAGAGAUGAACCAAUGUUUGGGUUAAUGAGGACUACGUCACGAUCAGAGAGUGAGAACUCUUUCUUUGGUCAGUUUCACAAACAGGGUGACACUCUUUGUGAGUUUUGGUUGCGAUUUCAGAGUGCUAUGGAGAGACAACGUAAUGAGACAGAGAGGUUGGAUCACGAGUCAGAUUCAUUCACUCCAAAUAUAGUGUCAAGGUGGUUUAUUGAGGAUGAUGCAGCAGCCAUAUUCACAAGGGAGAUAUUUUACAAAAUUCAGGAAGAAAUACUUGCAGGAUGCUUGGAUAUGCAAAUAAAACGUAUGAGUGAAGAGAUUGAUGGUGUUACUGCUUUGGAAAUCAAGGACGUGAAAAUCAAAGAUAAAGUGUUUAAGGUGUCUGUUAGUAGAAAUCAUGCUGUUUGUUCUUGCAAGAAAUUUGUUAUGUGUGGAAUACUAUGCAGACAUGCUUUUUGUGGCUUGAAACAAAUAGGGGUGACAAAGUUUCCUAGGAGCCUUAUGUUGAAUAGAUGGAUGAAAAUAGCAGAAAGUGGUACUUCCUCUGCUGCGCUUUCAGUAUCAGAAGAUUACUUGAAGAUGGAGGAGGUUUCGUUAAAAAUAACAAACAUGUGGUUUGAUUUUCGGCAAUUGGUUAACAAGGCUGGUGUUCAUUUGGAGAAGCUUGAUGUUGUUCAUCAAACUGUAUUGCAGUUGACAGCUGAUCUUGAGAGUUCUAAUGAACAUGCUGAAUUUACUAAACGAGAUCAUUUGGCGGCUAUGGUUGGUGAGCAGCCUACUGGACCUAUUGAAGUUCUUGUGCCGAAUGUUUGUAAGAAUAAAGGAAAUUUUUUCAAGAGGUUGAUUAGUGACAGGGAGAAGGCGAUUAAUAAAUCUAAGAAGAGAACGCGAAAAUGCAAGUUAUGUUCGGCAACAACUCAUGAUUCCAGGACAUGUGCAAAGAGGCAGAAAGUGUGAUUAGUGUUUUUACAUUACUAUGUGCAGGGUUAUAAAACAAUUUAAGCAUUGUAAACAUUUUAAUAUUCAUUAUUGUUUAGAAUUGUGCUAUGUGUAGAGCUAUAAAACAAUU